CUUGACGAUAACAUAARAAAGUGCUUUUCAUUCUCUUUGUUUAACCAAACUUUACAACCACCAACGAUAAAGUUUUGAAUCCGAGAUACAAGUAAUGUGAGCCCUGAUGAUGACAUCAGUUGAACGUCACGCGGUACGCAAGCUGGUUCGUUUGAUUGUUUUCGUUCUUCCUUGGUGCCAACUAGGGCAUGCAGGUGAAUAUCGUCUACCGAUAAUAACCGAGCGCCACAAUCUAUAUGGACAAUCAGGCUUGAUAAAAACCCCAAAUUACCCAGCACUAGUCUCAAGUGCUAUGCCGAAAGAGUUCAUUUGGACAAUCACUGUACCUUCAGGACAUCGUAUCAAUAUUCAAUUCAUUCACUUGAACAUUGCAUGUGCUGUCGCCCAAUUAUAUUAUGGAAAAGACUAUUCCAGAACUCAUUGCGGAGACGAUGUGGUCGCUUCUUUCGUAAUACCUGAGCGCCGGACAUCGAUAAAGUUAACCUGUCGUUUAUCAGGCUCGUGUGGCCAUUUUCUUGCAAUGUACGAAGCCUUCGAAACAUCAAUACCACAAUCUGUCUGCGAAUCAUCCAAUUCUUUCAUUUUCAAUGGAAAUUGUUAUCAAAUAAACAAAUCACCAAUGUUUUCCUGGAAAUCUGCCGAGAGCCAAUGCAAGAAUAUCAACUACGACCUGAUAACAAUAACAAGUUACGAAGAGAAUGAAAUCAUUGCUGCUAAGCUAAACGGGACAUCGGCUUGGAUUGGACUUAUAAGGAACGCCAACACCAAAGGAAYGUUUYUAUGGAAAAAUGGKACUUCUGUUGUCAUGACAAACUGGGUCUCUGGUAAGCCUAAUGGCUUUGCGGGGAAGAACUGUACUGUUCUGAAGUCGAACGCGACGUGGGUGAAUACUAACUGCAAUGAUACAGAAGCUGGAUAUAUUUGUAAAAAAGCAAUUAAUCCGUUACCAAGCACGUGCAAAGAUUCUUUUGGGAUUCAAAAUGGUGGAAUAUGGGACAAUCUUCUCUHUGCUUCAUCGUCGAAUGCGAAGCAUGCGAAACUACACGGUCCUCAAAGCUGGAGACCGGAUAAUUUGGAUGUCGAYGGCCUGUGGCUUCAGAUAAUGAUGCCCAACAAGACUUUGGCGAAUAUUAGKGGCAUUGCCACUCAAGGAGAUCCCAAUAAUGCCGGCAAUUUUGUUAAAACCUUUACGUUAUCAUUCAGCCAAAUGGAGGACGAUUUGAUACCGUACCGGAACUCGUACUGGAUUGAACAGGUUGAGAAGGCCCCCAUCGGGGUCCAGAGUGGCGCAGUUCAAGACYCUCAAAUAACGUCCUCUACGUUAAGCGAAGGAUGCAAUCCCAGAUACGCACGCCUUCAUUUGGACUCCUCUAAAUAUAAGAAUACAUGGAGAACAAUUGUUGUAGAUCACGCACAAUGGCUCCAGAUUAAGCUUAAGAGUGCUUAUCAUAUCAGUGGAAUCGCUACACAAGCAGGCAACCUAUUCGAUCAGCCUACUAGAAAGUACUAUCUGAGCUAUAUUGAAUCUACUUCAUUGUUUGUAUUCUACAAGCACCGUGGUGAAAUCAAGUAUUUUCUUGGUAAUACAGACAACACAACUGUUGUCCAAAACACCAUUGUUCCUGGCAUCUUUACCAAAGUUGUACGUAUUCAUCCAUAUGAAUGGACAAAUGGUGGGAUGACAUUACGAGUGGAGCUGUAUGGUCAUAUGUCAGGUAAUAUGUUGAGUAGUAUACCAUAUGAAUGGACAAAUGGUGGGAUGACAUUACGAGUGGAGCUGUAUGGCCACAUGUCAGCUCUUCCAAAAGGCGACUUAUGUAGUAAAUCAGUUGGCAUAGCURAAGGAGCAAUACCAGCAUCAAGUAUAACUGUGUCCUCAUCAUGCAAAUCACCAAUUCAAGUACCAAAACUAAAUGUCGCUGGAAGCUCAUGGUGUACUUUAAUUGCUAGAGGUAGAAUACUGGUAAAGAACUGGAUCAAGGUAAAACUGAACAAUUUGACAAAACUGACCGGCGUGGCAACACAAGGUGCAAGUACCGGCAUUGGCUGGGUUAAAAAGUACAGACUUGAGUAUAGUAUUGAUGGAACUACCUUCACAGCUUAUACAUAUAAAGGCGAUUUUAAAAUUUUUGAUGGAAAUUAUGACAACGGGACAAUCAUCAAGCAAGAAUUACCGUACCCUGUGYACACGAGAUAUGUCCUUCUGCACCCAACACAAUAUCAUCAAAUCAUUGCRCUGAGAAUGGAGCUUUAUGGAUGCCAAGUACAGGAAAAAGAUUAUCCACUGUGCAAUUCUCCGAUGGGUCUCGGAUCAGGAUUUAUUCCUGCUUGGGCCUUAAAAUCUAAUGCCAAGAAUGAUAGUCGCSUGAAAGACGUUAGACUUGAUACAAGCAACAUCUCCUCGAGAGCUUGGUUCCCUACAUUUGAAACAACUCAGAAAUGGCUGCAGGUAGACUUUGGGCUUCCUUCAAACAUUACAGGAAUCGCAACGAUGGGAACGACACAAAGUAAGUUAACAUCGGCAGUGAGAACCAGUGAGUAA